UGGCUGCUUAGCUGUUUUGUGUAAAAGUGAGUGCCGUCGGAUCGAAGAAAUAUUAAAAAUGAGUACUCGUAAUGAAUAAGAUAUCGUUAAAAAAUGGAAUACACUAAACGACGACGAUAUACAGUUAAUGUUGAGACUCAUGACCUUCAAGAAAUUUACCAACAUGACUUACAAAUGUAUGAUUUUCCCCCAACUGGUGAAAUUCCAUUUGUGGAGUUUCAGCAAUUGGGCAUGGAGAGACUAAAACUACUACAACACAUUGAAAAUCAUGCUGUACGAACAGAUUUUAAGACAUUACAUGAUCGUAAACAAAAUCUAAGUACAGCUUUAGAAAAAGAUGGACUUAAAUAUUUUGUGCAUCUCUUAUAUGCAAAGGGAUGCAAGUCAACAACAGAGGUAGAUUUGCAGUAUAGAAAAAAGGAUCACCUGUCCCACUUUAUAAUGAGAUUAUCAUAUUGUCAAGACCAAGAACAUCUGAUGUGGUUCAUUAAUCAAGAAGUAGAAUUAUUUAAACUGAGAUUUAAUUCAUUAGAUAAAGAUGGAAUAGAGAAGCUACUUAGCAUACAUAACAUUGAGUGUCAACAAAUUACUCCAGAAGAAAGACAUGAAAUUAGAGAAGAACUUUAUUCAUCUACACCAAAACUUGUAAAUAUUGAGUUGUCAGAAUUUUAUAAAGUACCUUUUCGGAAAGUCACUGACCUAGUUAGAUCGCGUAGGGUUUAUAUUACAGAGGGAAUGGCAUACAUUGCUCAAGCAGACUUAGUUUCUCUGUUUGUUUCUCACUUUAGAGCAAAUUUGCAUGACAGUCUAGAGUAUACAAAGAAUUAUGUUUCAAAUAUAUCUGAUGAUGAAAGAUUGAUAUCUUUCCUUAAAUCUUUGCCUGGUUCUUUCUCUGGCAUGACCCGUGUUGUUUGGACAUCCACCAGUACACCUAUAGAUAAGCUGGAUGAGUUAUCAAGAACAUCUUAUCCUUUAUGUAUGAGAUCAUUACACGAAGCACUUAGGACUCAACAUCACCUUAAAAACAGUGCACGCAUACAGUACAAUUUGUUCAUAAAAGGUAUAGGGGUAACAUUGGAAGAUGCACUACGUUUCUGGAAAAUAGAGCUCACAAAGAAGAUAGACCCAGACAAAUUUGACAAACAGUAUGCCUAUUCUGUGAGACAUAUGUUUGGUAAAGAGGGUAAACAGACAAAUUACACACCCCUUGGGUGUCCAAAAAUUAUAUCAUCCGCAGUGGGGCCUGGAGAAUACCAUGGCUGCCCAUACAAGCACAUGGAUCAUGAAUCAUUGAGACAAAAACUAUUUGGUUAUGGUAUACCUGCAGAAAGUGUCAAUGAAAUAGCAGAGCUGUCCAAGGAUGGUCAUUAUCUUAUUGCUUGCACAACAUAUUUUAAGGUUUUACACAAUCGCUUGCCAGACAGGGCUAUUACUCAUCCAAAUGGAUAUUUCGUAGAGAGUAGAGCCAUAUUGGCCAAAGAUGAUCCUACAGAGUCUGAUAGUCAAGAAAGAUUUACACAAAGUGGAAGGACCAGUGAGAGAUUUAGUAAUACUCCAAGAAUGGAUAAAAGCAUGGGUACUCCUUUAAGGAAUGUCGAUAGAUCGAUCCUCGGUACACCUCCGAGAAGCAUAAAUAAAAGUAAUACACCGGUUAGAAAGGUAGAAAGAGUGAGCGUGACCCCAGUCAGAGCAACUAAAGCCACUCCAAAAAGAAUAGACACUAAUCUCAACGAAGAUGAAAUUGCCGAAUUAAUGAGCGAAGAUAUGUGA